AUGUCCUUUAAAGAUACCGGAAAGAUGCCCGUGGAACCCGAGGUAGCCAAUCACCGAAUUCUAAUCACGCUCACCAGCCGCAACGGAAAGUCGCUGGAGAAGGUGUGUGCUGAGUUGAUCAGAGGUGCAAAGGAAAAGAAUAUGAAAGUGAGAAGACCAGUGCGCAUGCCCACCAAGACACUGAGAAUCAUUACAAGAAAAACUCCUUGCAGUGAAGGUUCCAAGAUUUGGGAUCAUUUCCAGAGGAGAAUCCACAAGCGACUCAUGGACUUACACAGUCCUUCUGAGAUUGUUAAGCAGAUUACUUCCAUCAGUAUUGAACCAGGAGUGGAAGUUGAAGUCACCAUUGCAGACGCCUAAGUCAGCUAUUUUAAUAAAAUGGCUUA